AUGUUUAAUUUGGAGGAUUUAUUGGCAGAAGAUGAAAAUGAUCUGAAUGAUGCAUCCAAUCUAGAGAUCGAUGAUAUCCUAAAUGAAAGUGACAAUUCUAUAAAAGAUUUGAACAUUGAAAAAGCUAAUUAAAUUUUGAGCGAGAAAAAACAAAAAUUAAAAGUGACACUAAAGGGUGAAAAAAAAGAAUAUGAAGAAUUAAUAUUGAAGUAUAUUGAGUAGGAGUUCGAAUAAUAAUACACAGAAGAAGUUAAAAUUGAGAUAUCCUCAAAUAAUGAAGAUGAAAUAGAACCUCAAUCAUUAAUUGAUUAAAUUGACAAAUAAGAGAGAAUCAUCAAGGAAACAACCUUGGAGAAUGUAGAAUUAAUUAACAAUAAUAUCGAAAUUGAAAAUAUUGAGAUCCAAGAUUUACAAUUAAUUUCUAAUCAAUUAAAGAAAUUAUCUGGUCAGCCUUGUCUCCUUGCUUUCUAAUUCAAUCUCUUGUCAAUAGGAACUUCAAUUGGUGAGAUUUUAGUUUAUUCUGCAUCUAAUGAUGAUUUCAUUGUUUUGAAAUACAAUUCUAAAGUCAGUGCAAUUGACAACACUUAAUCAUUUUUAGUUGCUGGCUAUGAAGAUUGCGCAAUCAUCUUAUGGGAUCCAAACACUAAGAGUCAAUUAAAACAAAUUAAACAUUAAGAACCUUUAUUAUCAUUGAAGUUUUUCAAUGAAAAUUAAUUCAUCAUUUCUGAUUACUUGGGCUAAACCUCUAUAUGUAAGAUCACCAAAAUGCUCUGGUCACAUUAGAUUGAAAUAGAAAAACUGAUGCCAAGACAGAUCCAUCCAUUUUAUCAAAUUUCUAUUUGGAAAUAGGAGUAUAUUGCCUUCUCAUGUUUAGAGUAAGUCAUAGUGAUGAAAGUAGAUUAGUAAUCAUAAAUUAUAAAACGAAUCAAAAGAUAGAUAGACGGCUAAACAUAUCCUUGUACUAGUUGGGGAUAAUUUACCAACACAGAAGAAUACACUGAAAUGGUUGAGAUUGCAUUAGCAGUAUCUUGGGGAACGCAUAUUGAAAUUUACAUUGUUGAAAAACAACAAUUGAUUUAAAAAUAUUCUUUUAUUUUAAAUACCAUUAUUUCUUGUAAUUGGUUAUCUAGGGAUAUGUUAGUAGUUCUGACUAAAGAAUUUUAAAUUGUUACUUUAAAUACUUAGUUUUUUAAUAGAGAUAUCAUUACUGAAGAUUCUAGAAAUACACUAAGAAAAUAAAUGAAUUAUUUGUCCAAUAAAACAGAAAAAGCAAUUUAAUCAAUCACACCUUUAGGAGAUAUAAUGAAUUUUCCAUUAUAAAUUAAUAAUGGCUAAUAAAUGGUCUCUGUCUAUGUGAAUUGCAUUACUUCUAAUGCUAGAUUCAUUUACAUUCUGACUCUCCCAUUAGUUAAAAGGAUUAAACUGCAGAUGUGGUCGGAUUAUUUGAAAGUGAUGAUAGAUAAAGCAGAAACUAAAUAAAAUUGGUAUGAUAUUUUAUCUUUUGGAAUUACAUUAUAUUGGAAUUAAGUCCAUUGUUUUGCACUCCCUCAAACUACCUAUGAUUAAAGGGUAGUGUUUUCUGACAUUUCAAUAGAUAUCUGCAGAACAUUUAUUAAUCUAGUUGGAUAAAGUAUUGAGUCGUAAAAGGUUUCAGAAUAAUUUAAAUACGAAGAAUGGUCUUAAACUAUAUGUUAAGCUAUUUAAUAUUGUAUUCAUUGCAAUUAACAGUAAUAUAUCUUUACUGGCAUGAAGACGCUUUUAAUUAAGUUUCAUCGAUAUUCGUAAUUGUUGGCAUCCUUAGAAGAAUUUAUUCUAACUAAGUAAAUUAAACAAAUUCCAAAUGACUUACUACUUCAAAUAUCUACACAUUAUAAAGUGAUAAAUAAAUCAGAAAUUGUAGAACAAUUAAUAUUGUCAUUAGAUCCAAAGGGCUUUGAUAUGACUACUAUAUUCUAAAUUUGUCAAGAAAAUGACCUAUAUACACCAUUAAUGGUUGUCUGUCCUCGUAUUGAUCAUGAUUAUAUUACUCCAUUAUAAAAGAUGUACUCCAACUUUUUGAAAACCAAGAAUUAAAUCAUGUUAUUGAAAUCGCUAUGGUUUAUUCAAUUGACAUUUCAAUAGAUUUUAUUCCCAAAUGAAAGGAUUCCCUAAGAUAGGUUUUAACAUGCUUUCGAAUAAGUCAUUAUGUGGUUGUUAAUUGAAGACAUUUUAACGAUUUUCGGAAUUCAUUUCCCAAAAGAACUUUUCGAAAUUCUAAAAAUUGCUAUGAACUAUUCCUCAUAUUUCAAUUCUCAAUAAUUAUAAAAGUAUUUCAAUCACCAAAAACCUAUCCUAGUGGCUUUUAUAAAUAAAAUUUAUUAGAGUUUGUCAUAAUUAAUUGUCACCCAUCAUGCUUUGGGGAUUGAAUUUAGUAAAUUUAUAGGGUCAAUAAAGGGUAUGGUGCUUUAUGAAGAAAUAUACGUAAGAUCAUUAAAACAUCUUGUAUCUGAUAGUAAGAAUUUCUAAUUAAUAAUAAACAUUUUGGAAUAAUUUGAUUUGAAACCUCUUUUAAGAAAUGAGCUGUUUGAAUUGUCAAAUGAUAACUAUAUUAAGUCACUCUUUGCUCCUGAUAUCUAUAAGUAGAUUGAUCUGUGCUUGAUGAAAAUAAAUAAAAAGUAUUUUAUGCUUUGGCUUGAAAGACAACUCAAUUUAAAAAGAGAACAAACUUUAAAAGCCUUGGAUUUUUACUUUGAUACUCUUUUGGGAAAUAGUUAAACUUUGCAGAUCCUAAAAUAAAUAGUCCCUACCUUAUCCACCUAAGAACAAUACAAGUUGAUGAAGAGAGAGUAAAUUACUGAUGGAUACAUGGAGUUAUUUCAGUCAUUAGGGCCAUCUAAUAAAGAUUUACGAACCUUAUUAAUCACAGCAUGUUGCAUUCACACACCUCAUCAGGUUUUAGAUAAGAUUCAUAAUUUUGCUUUGGAUGAUUUGGAGAUUAUAUUUUUAGAAACAAAACACAAAGAAGGGUUGGGAUACAUAUAUGCAAGAGUUGGUAAAUUUGAUAUGGCUAUGAAAUUUUUCAUAUAAAACUUGCUUGAUUACUUACAUGAAUGCUUUACAUUAUAGUCUUUUUCAAAGGAGAUUUUGAACUUGAAAUUCGAUUUGCUAUUUUAGACAUGCAAAGACAAUCUAUCUCAUAAUGAUAAGAACACAUUUUUAGAAAUAGGUCAUCAACUUUUCAAUCAAGAGACUCAUUCUCAGAUUUGGGCUUUAUCGGAAUAAAUCACUAAACAAAAUUAUCAAAAUAUGAUACCAAUUUUAUAGGUGAUCAAUACAAGACUGUGUGAAUUUUACAAUUUUUUGAGUAUUGAGGAACUGAUUAAUUUGAUGGAAGAACAAAUAGAAAUCUUCAGAUUGGUGUGGAUUAAAUGGAGUUUUAAGAAUUUGAUUUAUGAUGAAAGAGUAAAGUAUAGAAUCUAGUAUAAAAGUUAUUUUAUUGAAUUGCAAACGUACCUUGGAUUUAAGUAACAAAUAUUUCAUCAAAAUGCUAGUAGUCCAGAAAUUUAGAAUGUGUGUAGUAAUUGCGAUGAAUUGAUUACGAUUGACUAACAUCAACACAUUUUAAUUAGAAAGUGUUCUCAUUCAACACACCAGAGUUGUUUAUAGUAGCCUUUCUGUCACAUAUGCAAUCCGAAAGUAAAAAUGCAAUUGGAGAGUGUUUUAGCCAAUAGAAAUGCAAGUGAUGGAGUUGAUAUGAAAAGAAGACAAAUUUUGAUAAAAGAGAAUGAGAUCAUGAAGGUACAUUAUAUGAAUAUAAAUAUAGAACCAUCGAAAAUUAGAGGAGCAGAUGGAGGAUUUGUAAUUAACAGCAGAGGAUAUCCGGAUUCAUGA